UUAACCACUAGAGGCCAGGCGUAACUGUGGUUACUUGAACAAAAGCCACGCAUUGUGUUGGAUUCCCAGGGGAAAGCGUCUUGGAGGCAGAUUAUUAAAACAGGAGAGCGAAUGGAUUGUGAAGGCCAUAGGACGUCUGGUCCUAGACUGCAGGAAAUCUAGAUGAUAAGUUACUUGGUGACCGACAAUGGACCCUGUGUCUCCAUGCUGGGUAGGCAGUGUGUUUCUCUUCAUCCGUUCAGACAAGGUCGAUCUGUCUGACCUCUACCGAGACCCACAGAUGCAGCUGAAGAUUUAUAAAGCUCUGAAACUAUCUCUUGCAGAUGCCACUGGCAGUGGUGGAGGUUAUGAAAUCCUGAAAGUUUACGGAAGUGUUUUUGGACUUCAACUGAAAUUUACAGAGGAAGUAAAAUGCAGGAAGUUUCUCCACAGUUACGAAAGAGGCAGUCUCCAAGAGGCUUUAGUGUAUCACUUUCAAACCCAGUCUAUCCCCAGUACAGCUUUCACAAUGGAGCUGAAGGCUGGCCCAGUGACAUUAGACGAUAUCCUGAAUAAGCCAGACAGCUGCAUAAAACACAUCAAGGCAAAUGAGCCCAACCACCUCCGAGAUGAUGACGUUACCAGACUGGAAGAGGACAUCAGGCAGUUGGUGCUUGAGUACAGCUCCAUCUGCCAAGGCUCUAGCAUACAGUGUGAUACUGCUUCAGAAGUACAUUCAGUACCUGAAUCUCUGUCUCCAUCCUCUCCCCCUUCAAUUGCGUCUCUGACUUCCACCCAGACAAAUGGGAGCCCAUUGCCCUCGACAGACACUUUUGAAUUUCAGGGUGUUUUCUUUGGUGACCGUGUUUUGAGCGGACAGGAUCACGAUAACUUUGCCAAAUCCGUGGGCAGGAACUGGAAGCAGGUUGGCCGCGUCUUACAGAAAAAUUGCCGAGGUCUUCGCGAUCCAGCCAUCGACAACAUAGCCUUUGAGUAUGAGCGGGAAGGAUUGUACGAACAGGCAUACCAAAUGCUGCUCAAGUUUAUUCAGUGCGAAGGGAAGAAGGCUACAAUGAGUCGACUGAUCAGAGCUUUAGAGAAAAGUGAACUGAUUGGGGUGGCUGACCAGUUGUUGAACAAUACUUAAUUGGAAGUGCACACAAGAAUGGGCAUAGCAAUACUCUAUGGUGAGGCAUAAAACUGAAAGUCAAUUGUAGGUCUGUAAAGGUUUUAUUUCUUGCAUCAAAGUUAAUCAUUCUGUCUUAAUAUAAUCUAUAACUGAGGUGUUGUAUUGGAGGCCAGAUGCUUCCUUUAGUGUUCAAAGCCAUUUGUUUUUAAAACAAUCACUGAAUCUAGUUCUCAUUUUUACAAAUGUGAGGUAUUUUAAUUACUAUACAGUAUUUUCUGCAUGGAUUUUACAAGCCAAGGUAUGCAUGUGUUGCCAGAUUUGGGGGAGGGGCGAAUAUACUUCCAAGUAGGUAGACCUCUUUUAAGUCUUUUUUUUAAACCAGUUACAGAGAAAGACUGCAAUCUUGCAGUAUAUAUUUUUGUGCUUUUUGUUUCCUUGUGACCAGAAUUUUGAUCUGCAUUUGUUUUAAAGCCGUCGCUAUCCACGUAGUUUCAAGUUGCUCGUUGUGAAGGGAAAAUCUCUUCUUCUGUUGGGCAGCCGUGAGCCACCAGCAGGGGCAGCCUCAAUCCGAUUCCUGGUGGACCCUCGCCUGCAGCACAAAGUUGUCCUACAUACGGCACUAAUUAGCCUAAUUAGACUGAUGUCACUCGGACAGCACAAAAUAUGCCGGUAAAUGGAUCAGAUUAUGUAGUCGCACAGCUGGGAUUGGGGAAGAGGCAUGGUGGGGGAGAGCACAGGCAGGCUUUCCCUGCAUCCAUCUGUGCUACUGCUUUCCCGGGAAUGAUGGAUACCAGUGCUGUUGGCCUGAAAUGAGACUAGUUCCAUUCCCCAGUUCUUGAAAUCCCUGGCAUCGAGCAUAAAUUAUUUCUCUACGUAAUGCAGAGACGUGAUGACUGAAUGGUCUGUUUACCCUUUCUCUCUGCGAGUUAGAAUCUGUGUUGAAAAGUCUAACCGUGGUGGCACGGUAGCAUAGCAGUUAGCACGACGCUAUUACAGUGCCAGCGAUCAGGGUUCGAUUCCCGUCGCUGCCUGUGAGGAGUUUGUACGUUUUCCCUGUGCCUGCAUGGGUUUCCUCCGGGUGCGCCGGUUUCCUCCCACAUUGCAAAGACGUACGGGUAGGUUAAUUUGGGUUUAAAAUGGGCGGCGCAGACUCGUUGGGCCAGAAGGGCCUAUUACCAUGCUGUAAAUAAAAUUUAAAAUUCAAUUUAAAAAAUGUUUAAAUUUUAAAAAAAAUUAAAAUAAAUCUGGAUGAUCACAGUUCUCCAGCUUUCUUGCCCCUAUACAGGCUUGAAGUUGUCCAGGGCCAUGGGUGAGGUGGGAGAGCUUGCAAUUAAUAAUGACUCAGAUAAGAAUCCAAACUCUCCCUGAGAUUUGCACUCCUUAUGCCAUUGUGACCCAGCUGCAGCCUUGAAGUUUAGGACUUGCUUGUUUUAAAAAUGGUAAAAGUUAUGGGCUCAAUGCUCAUCCUAUGGGCUCAAUAAUUGCUCAAAAAUAAGGACCUAAUGAAUCUCGAAGAACUUUUAGCCUCUUCUCUCGGCCUUCGGUGAAGCAGGGUACAGGCACCCUAUAAUUGGUGGUAGUGAUUUCAGCAGUUGCAGCUGGCUUGUGCUGUUGUGUGACAGCCCCAGGGGUUACAGCUCUUUUAAUGAGUGAUAAGGUUUACCAGAAGAGUGAAUGCAGCUGUACAGAGGAAAGCGAAUCCAAGAGAGUGUUGUCAUGAAGUGUUUCUAUCCGUGCACUAAUCCCGAGGCCACAGGGCGCCAAGGCAAUCUGCUGUUGUAUUUGCGUGAUAACCAAAACUCUGGAGGUACACAUUUAAUUUCCUUUGACCCUUUAGUCUAGAGGAGGGCUAUUUCUCUGCCUCAAACACUGAAACGUUGAUGGCUCAGCUGUAAUACAGUGACUUGUGAAGCAAGGGGGUGUGGGGACAGACCCCAUUACAAAGACCAGGUCAUGCUCUGGUGCACUUCUGCGAGAAUGUUCAACUGUUGGAAGCGGUGUCUUUGGGACAACUUAUUGACCCUGGUUGGUCUCGGCUAAAUGUGAAAGGUCCCGCAGCAGAGCAGAGUCCUUGUGAUGUCCCAGCCAACGCUUAUCCACGGCCGCCAUUCCCAAAAACAGAUUACCCAGCAAUUGUCACAUUUCUUUUUUUGUGGUAUCUUGCCAUGCCCAACUUGGCUGCUGUUGUCUUCUACAAAAGUGGCACUGGCUCCCAGUGAAACAGGUUUGAAAUAUAAAAGCUUCCAAGUGCGUGUAGGAGCCAGCACCUCAAAGCAAAGGGAGGGGGGAAAGAAAGUUGUUGAGCUGUGGCGGGAGCAAGCUGAAGAAUAAUAUCACAGCUAGACAAGUGAGUGCAGUGGACUGUAGUGUAGAUGGGAGAGAAGGUGUCGGCAGCUGUCACUUAUCCACAAAAACUUGGAGUACGUCUCCUGCUAAUCUGCCUGUAAAACUGCAAGUGUAUUUAGAAAUGACCUGUACCAGUUUGUUUUCAGGAAUUUCAUCAGCUGGUGGUUUCCUUUUGCCCAGUUCCUCCCACACUGAAUACUAGAAGUGUCUGGCUUUGUGUCAGUUCCUGUAUUUGUCCUGUUAUCUUCGAAAGGGAUUGCAAUGUCUACCACUGCCACCUCAUUCUCCUUGGCAAAUGUUAGCUGAGCUUCCACAAAGCUCUCCAGUUGGGUUUUGAUGUGCAUCAUCCAACUGUAAUUGGCAACUUUCUCUUAAAAACAAUCUGCAUUCUUAUCGUGCCUCUUCUGUCUUGUGUUUAAACACUAGGCACUGGCCUGAAAUGUAGGCCAGUGUUUCAUUGUGGCUCCCUGGAAGCUUUGAUUUGUUGUGUUUUGCUGUAACUUGUGGUGGACCUGCUCAGAUACAGGUCACGCCUAAGCAGGAGGGAAUUAAUGAAUUUGCGUGGCUUGGACUGGUUGUUGCAGGCGACCCAUGAGUUGGAUAGUUUGUCCCCUCAGAAGUCUUGAAUCAGUGAUCCUGGACAAGAGAAGUCCACCCAUUUCCUGAACUCCCACUCCUCACUGUUGAGCAUCCCAAUUUACCAGGUUUCUUCCACCUCCUCAGCGAGGCUGGUGGCAGCCUCUUGUGUACCAGGUGACUCUCCCUUCUUCUGAAACGCCUCGAUUCCUUCGACCUCCAGUUCCCUUGGUCUCUGCACCUGCCCUUCAUUCUCUUUGCCUGCCAUUUCGAAUGCACCUGGCCCAUGGAUUGCUCUGGGCAAUUCUUUUCCUGAUUUACAGCGGAAUGGUUAUGAACUUCCAGCUAGGAAGACCAGCCCUCCAUCCUGGUUCCUUAUGUGCAGGAUCUCGUUAGUUGUUUUGUGCUGUCGAUGAAGAAUUUCCUUUGUUUUUGAUAAGUCUCAGUUCUCUUAGCUUUGAGGUUUCUGUGAGGAUUAGGCAGUAAGCUCCAGGCAUCGUGUGGGUCUCGAGCAGCUUAAUCUUUCAUCAAUGUUUCAGUUUACCUCUUCUACCAGUUUUCCAUUGUGACCCCACACCACCCUGACCCCUAGGUACUUUGCAGUCUUGCCCAACUUAAUGCAAUCGAUUUACUGCUUUGUUUCAAUUUUCUCAGUUGUUGAAGGUGAAUGUCUUUCUUUUACUAACCAAGUGAACCCUUGGUCUUUGCAUUCACUGAGGCCAGUGCAAAAGAGCUUUAGGAUUUUGAUAUUCUUGGCAAUCCCAGAGUAAGAUCGGUUUGGGAUGGCUAUGUUGUCCACCAAGGCCGGGGCCGUGUAACUUGUGUUCGUCUAGCACCCUCUCAAGCUCUCUGAGUGCAAGUGGUGUUGUCUGAGGAUGGGCGAUAUUGAUCCCCAUGUUUGGUGCCUUUUUUUUUUAUCUUGAUGGGGUCUGUCCUUCCCCACCUCGACCUCUGUACCAUGUAUAGGUCUUCUACCAGCUCGAUAAAUCUCCUAGGGAGCCACACCCUUUAUGUUAGUGCCAAAAUCAGCAGUUUGUGUCCCACCAAAUGAAAUCCUUAGCCAGGUCUGCAAACACAAUUGCUUGCUUUUUGGGGUUCUUUUUGACCCCUUCAUGAUGUUCUGCAGCAUUGCAAUAUUUUCUUUGCAACCUGGUGAUCAGAGAUUCAUUGGAGUCUUCACCAGGAUUGUGGUGAAGAGUACUGGGAGCAUUGUGCCGAAGCUGCUUAGUUGCCGGUUCUUGAUGCAGUGCAGUAUCCCCAAGCCCUCUGUUUGGGGAUUAGCACAGUCCAGCUUGUCUUGAGAGCUUCUGGGAUGGCCCCCACCUUAAGCCAUGGGGUAAGGAGUGUGGGCAGUAGGUUGACAUUUUCCUUCAUCGGAAGGUCCUGGUCCCUCUUAACUUUGUCAGGUCCCAACACACUCUCUUUUCAUUCCCUGUAGUGCCCCCCCUACCUCCCCAGGCUCAGUCAUGUCCUUGCUCAUGCCCAUUGAAACUGCCCACCUUGUUAGCAGUGCCUAGUUUGGCCUGAAAGCAUGCCUGGACCUCUUUGAGACGGCAGUCAGACAACCCUGGCGCUCCCAUCAGUUGGCUGAUAUCUUCCGGUCCUUCUCAAAUAUCCUUUGGCCGAUAGCACCAACUCACAAGUUCCAGUUUUGUGGUCCCCUGCACUUGCCAGUGAAGCUAGAACUACAUGCGACUUUUGCCAGGUUUAGGGAUUGUGAGUGUAGUGGCUUUAGGGACCUUUUGCUCUUUACAGUGAAAGCUGGCUGUGUUGGAACCUCUCAAUAAUCACAAUUAGUGUCAGCAUCAAACACUCACUUAACAUUACAUUGACAUAAUGUAAUCUUUGCUUCUGCAUUGCCUUGACAUUCAUUAAAGGAACACCUUCGCCAACAAAUUCGACUCAUUCCUGGGAGAUUUCUGUCUGUGUUUGUCAACCUAGUGCUAGAUGGGUGGCUUUAUACAGGGAGUUUGACUGUUGCUGCCAAAGCACAUUUCACAUGGGGGCCCAUGUAGACAAGGUGAGCUUUAAUCCCACUCGUACAAGGCCAGUGUCCAACCUGGGCUCACCCAGUGCUCCAUAGUUAAAAUGGAGACAUGAGACUGCAGAUGCUGGAACCUGGAGCAACAAAGUGCUGGAGGAACUCAGCAGGUCAGGCAGCAUCUAUGGAGGGGAAUGGACACUCAACGUUUCGACCGAGUCCAGACGAAGGGUCGCGACUUAAAACAUCAACUAUCCAUUCCCCACCAUAGACACUGCCUGACCUGCUGAGUUCCUCCAGUGCUUUGUGUGUUGCUGCACAGUCAAAGCAUGGUCUCAUAGACUUGAUCUGAAAUCCCACUUCUUAUCCAUCAUGAUGAUCUUGCAAACUGCCCUGUUUCUACCUGUUUUGUGUAUCCUUAAGCACCAUUUGUUUAUAAUUGUGUACCUUGUAAUUUGGAUACUUUCAGGCUCCGGGUUAGUCACAGUCAUGUCAAUGCUUCCAAUCCACUUCUCUGAUGGCAAAAUGACAACUGAAAAAUAGGGAAUUGCGCAAAAUACUUCCGCCUGGAGAAACUGUUCCACAGGUUUCAGGAAAUGCCACAAACAUGCUCACCCAUUUGUAUCCUGUACUUAAAGGUGGGAAAAGUGUGUUGGAUACUUUUCUUUAUCUGUGAUUCAAGAUUUCACACAAGGAAAUAAAUUUUUAUCUAUUAAAUUA